GAAGUAAACAGUAUGUUAUGCUAAUAGCGUAGUUUAUUUUCCUCUUGUGUGGAUUGAUCAGGAAGACGGUUGUGUUAAACUAUCUCGGAUGAAUAUUUCAGUGUUUCAGCAACAAUGUAUUCGGUUCAGCAUCUGAGGGAGUUUAUCACGGAGCGACUAAAUGCUGCAGCUAAAGAAAUAUUCACAGAGUUGGAAAAAACUAUCGUCCAGUACGAGGAAGAGAUCGAUCGUCAGCGCAGACUGCUGGACAUCAUCUGGAAACCACAAAGAAAUUCCCACACAACAGAGGCUCCUCAUCAAUAUGUCUUCAAGGAGGAUGAAACUGUUCAAGAUGACCAGCAGCUCUGCGACCAGAAGCUGAACUCAAACCUGGAUCAGGAGCAACCAGAGUCUGCACGUGUUAAAGAGGAACAGGAGGAACUCCUUAUCAACCAGGGAGGAGAGCUUUUUCUGAAGGAUGAAACUGAUGACUUUUCAGUUACUUCUGCUCAUGGGGAAAAUGACUGCGAUUAUCAAAAAUCAUCGAACAGGGACUAUAUUCCCUCUUACACCUCUCCUGUAGACGAACAUUCGCAUUUAGAUGGAAGCACAGUUGAAGACUCAGGACCAACCAGAUAUGCAGAUAGGAAACCAGAAAAUAAUUGUCAAACGAAGACAAAUCAUGUAGGAGAGUCAUCUCUGUCAGAGAGUCAUUGUAAUACUGACCACUCUGCUGAGAAGCAGUGUUUGUUUAACACUUGUGGAAAAAGGUUUCUCAACCCAUCAUCUCUUAGAAGAUAUAAAACAGUCCAUAAGAAACAAUAUUCCUGUAAAACGUGUGGGAAAACAUUUAUGGACAAAACUAAGCUCACUGUUCAUGCGAGAACUCACACAGGUGAGAGGCCAUACUUAUGUCAAACUUGUGGAAAAUGUUUCAGUAGUAAGUCUAAUUUUUUGCGCCACAUGAGAAUUCACACAGGUGAGAAACCAUAUUCUUGUCAAAAAUGUGGCAAAUGUUUCAGUCAUAACUCCGAUUUUUUGCGCCACAUGAGAAUUCACACAGGUGAGAAGCCAUAUUCUUGUAAGACAUGUGGAAAAUGUUUCAGUCAAAGCUCUUCAUUGUUGCGCCACAUGAGAAUUCACCUAGGUGAGAAGUCAUAUUCUUGUAAGACAUGUGGAAAAUGUUUCAGUCAAAGCUCUUCAUUGUUGCGCCACAUGAGAAUUCACCUAGGUGAGAAGUCAUAUUCUUGUCAAAUAUGUGGCAAAAGUUUCAGUCAUAACGCUGCUUUUUUGUGCCACAUGAAAAUUCAUACAGGUUACAAGUCAUAUUCAUGUCAAACAUGGCAAAUGUUUCAGUCAUAACUCCGAUUUUUUGCGCCAAAUGAGAAUUCACAGUGGUGAGAAGCCAUAUUCUUGUGAGACAUGUGUAAAAUGUUUCCAAAAAAAUGUUAAUUUUUUAUAACACAUGAG